AUGGAAUUAAAUCAAUCCACCGAUUAUGAGGACGAGGAAUACUAUGAGGUAGAAUUUCUCCCAGCCCACUCCUCUUUCUCCUUCCCUCCCUCCCAGCUUGGCACACUGCCCGCGUUCAACCCCAACGCACAGCCAUGCCUUCCCACCGACGUGAGGGCCUUCGCUCACUAUUUCGGCCCCCUGGUCUUCUCCUUGGUGUUUGUGUUUGGCUUGGUGGGCAACAGCUCUGUGCUGGCUAUCUUGGGCCGAAGCCACCGGUCCUGGCACUUUGCUGACCACUAUCUCUUCCAGUUGGCUGUGGCCGAUCUUCUGCUGGUCUUAACCUUCCCUUUACAAGCUGCCCAGUUCGUUCAUGGCUGGACCUUUGGAGAAUUCCUCUGCAAGGUGACCGGGGGUCUCUCCACCAUGAACGUCUGCACCAGCAUCCUUCUCCUGACCUACCUCAGCAUCGAACGGUACUUCGUGGUGGUCAAGGGCGCAGCUCCAACCUUCUUCUCGAAGCUUCCUCACGUCUACCUAACGUCGGCCUUUUUCUGGGCCAUCGGCAUCGCGUUCGCCGCAGUAGAUUUCCAUUUCCAGACGGUCACCUACGUCUCGGAAGCCACGACUCUCGUCUGCCAGCUGGACUUGGAGGUCCAGGAUGCCAACUCCUGGAAACUGGGGCUACAACUGUCCUUCUUUGUUCUGGGUUUUUGGGGGCCUGUCCUAACCAUGAUCUACUGCUACGUUUGCAUUCUCACCAAGCUACACCGGAAUGGUCUUCUGCAUGUGCAUUUGCCUCUCCAUCUCCUGGUGGUCAUCUGGAUAACUUUCAUUAUCUGUUGGGCCCCGUUUCAUUGCUUGAUACUGGUGGACAUCUCUCAGCGUCUGGGUCAUUUGAAGAGGCACUGUGGAUGGGAGAAGGUCUUGGAUUUGGGGCUGGUGAUCUCCAAGUGUUUAGCCCUCACCCACUGCUGCCUCAAUCCCUUGGUCUACGCUUUGGGAGGGGUGGGGUUCCGAAGGGAAUUUUCUAGAAUCUUCUGUAGGGGACGCCGAACCAGGCACCGUUUGGACAGCGAGGAAUUUAGCCAAGGGGCGGACUUCAGCACCAUUCAUGGCAUGGAUUAUUCCGUCAUGAUGUGA